AUGAAGUUUUCUUUCUCUCUAGGAUUACUAUGGGGUAUUUUAGCCGUAAGGGUUAUGGCGGAUGAUACUUCUCAGUAUCCUGAUUGGCUAAUCACAGUCGUUGGUUGUCUUCAAAGUUUCAACUCUUCCAUGACUACUAUACCAAAUCCGGAUUUGGAAACCCAAGCUUAUUCUUGUGUCGCCAACACAUGUGAUUCGGACACUGCGACGGCGAACAGAUACCAAGCUUCUUAUAUCAUCAACUUAUUCUACCAUACCGGAAGUAUCUAUGAAAGUUCCACCCCUCCUACCUCUCAAAUUCAGGAAAACGUAGUACCGACCGAUUCCUCUUCUUCCGACCCACCAAACCCUACCGAUACGGGUACUGGAGGUGUAGCUCUCCAAACUGAUAUUCAAACUGAUGCCAACUCUAAUCCAUCCUCUACUGAUUCUCCCGGUGCCUCCUCCACUGAUUCUCCAUCCAACCUGUCCUCGGCGGUGGAAGCGGUGAAUGGGGUACAAACCACUCAAUCGGCCGUUUCCGUCAAUCCCCUAGCUACUGCCAGUUAUGGAAGUGGAAAGAGUUCUAGUAUUAAGGCGAGUGCUAGUGCCAGUGUCAGUGGAAAGAAUGGGACUGUGGCUUUGGCGAGUUACGGGGAGAGGGGGAUGGAUAUGAGGGGUGGGUUUGGAUUGGGAGUGGAGGUGAUUGUGGGGUUGGCAUGUUUGUUAGUUUACACCACUCUAUGA